UUUUAUGAAGCUAAGUCGUUGCACAGUCAAUUUCCAAUUGUAGUGGUUGGCUUUGGCUCCAAUAACCCAACACAUACAAUUUUAUACGAUUUUGUGGGGGGAAAACCAGACCAGAAGGGGCAUUGGGAUUUGAGAGUGAAUGAACAAGAGAGCCGUUUCAAUGCUUACGCCUGAUAAUCUCGACGGAUUUGGCACAAGAAAUCAAACACAAGGAAACGGGGAAAAAAGGAGAAUCAAGCGUAAAGGAGAGAGAGAACAGAGAAAGCCAAGGCAAAGCAGUGAAUUGACUGACAACUGGCGAGUGGUUAGAGAGAGAGAUGGGGGUCCCCUUCUUUCUCUCUUCUUCUUCUUCUUCUUCUCUUUGUCGAUUCUACAACAUUUCACCAACACCCAUCAAGAUCUUUACUCUGUUUUGUUAUUUUCUUUUGUUGGGUCUCUGUUUUUCCUUUCUGGGUAUUGAUUGUUUCUAUGGAGAGUUGAGUUUAUAGACUCAGAUACCAUGCGAGGGGUUGGAAUUCUUUUGGGUUUUGAUCUGGGUAGAAAUGGGUUUUGUUUAUUGUCUUUUGAUAUCUUGUGAGUUUUCUUUUUUAUUUCUGUGUGUUUUAGUGAUUGAGCAUUGAGAAGAAGAGGGGAGGGGAAAAUGUGGGAUCUCAAUGAUUCUCCUGAUCGUGGCGGAACUGAUGAAUUUGAGGUUCUUUCAUCGAUUGAUGGCGAUGAAGAUAGAGGGAAAUGGAUAGGAUCCAUCAAUUCUAACUCGAGCUCUUCGGUGGUGGUUAUGGAGGAUGGAUCCGACGCCGAUGAGGCUAGCGUCGGCGAGGGAGAACCACUACUUCGGCGGAAUAACUUCUCCGUAGCUCACCCACCGGCGACUCGGCAGUUCUUUCCCAUGGAGGAUUCUGACUUGGAGGCUUCAUCGGCCGCCGUCGGUGGUUCAACUACGUUUCCUCCAGCUCGGUGGGUCGGCGUGAAGUUCUGCCAGACAGAGCCUAUCGCUGCUGUGAGACCAGUGGCGGUUCUGCAACCAAUAAAGAAAAGCCGGCGAGGGCCUAGGUCUCGGAGCUCUCAAUAUCGCGGCGUCACAUUCUACCGGCGAACCGGCCGAUGGGAAUCUCACAUAUGGGACUGUGGCAAACAAGUUUAUCUGGGUGGAUUUGAUACUGCUCAUGCAGCUGCUCGAGCAUACGACAGGGCAGCUAUAAAGUUUCGAGGAACAGAGGCAGACAUAAAUUUCAGCAUUGAAGAUUACGAGGAGGAUUUGCAGCAGAUGGGAAACUUAACGAAGGAAGAAUUUGUGCAUGUUCUUCGUAGACAAAGCACGGGUUAUCCCAGAGGUAGCUCGAAAUUUAGAGGUGUUACAUUGCAUAAAUGUGGAAGAUGGGAGGCUCGGAUGGGGCAGUUUUUAGGCAAAAAGUAUGUUUAUUUGGGGUUGUUCGAUUCUGAGAUCGAAGCUGCGAGAGCUUAUGAUAAAGCUGCAAUCAAGUGUAAUGGGAAAGAAGCUGUUACAAACUUUGAUCCCAGCAUAUAUGAGGAUGAGCUGAGUACAACUGAAUCAUCAUCAGCCAAAGUCUUGGAACAGAAUCUUGAUUUGAGGUUGGGCAAUUCAAGCUCAAAAAAACACACCCUUUCAUUUGGGAAUCAUUGCACAAAUGUCACCCCAAAUAUUGAUUUGCAAAUCACUAAUGAAUCUAACCCUCAGGAAUCGAACAUAUUUGAGAAUGACAAUGUUAUAUGCCAUACGCUCCUUCAGACGGAGAAAAUGCAGUUUCGUAGCGAAAUGAUUGUUCGAUCUCCACCCUCCGUCGAAACAACAAAACAUGGGUGCUUGGAGACUCUUCACAAUUACCCCCCACACAUCAUUCAAUCAAACUCUCAAAUUCAUUUGUUGAGAAGCAGCAAUGAAGAAGGGUUAGGAGGGAGUGACGAAGUUUCACUGAGUUUGAGUGAAAGCCAUCAAUGGCAGCAAUCUGGUGGCUCUCAACAAUUUGCAAAUGCUGCAGCAUCAUCAGGAUUCCCACAACUUCAAAUUUCAACGCCCAAAAAUUGGCUGCAGAAGAAUAAUGGUUGCUUCUUCUUACAGAGACCCUCUUGACUUCUCCUUUUCAAUGUUUUCUGCAUUGCCAUUGCCAUUGAAUCAUUUUUCUUUAGUUUCUUUCUCGGUUUCUUCGGUUUCUUUUUGGUUCAUUGAGUUCUUUCCCAAGCUUGUAAAGAUUGAUUCUUCCAAGAAACAAUUGCUAUUAGAGAAGGAAAAAGGGGUAUUUCAUUCAAUUAUGAUAUUGGAAUUUGAAUGUAACUUCAAUGAUAAGAGUCUUUAUUAUCAAA